AUGUUGGGGUACCGCAUGUUGGACAAGCACUCCACCCAGAUCGACGACAGUUGGCGAUUCCUGACUCUAAAUUGUGAUAUAAACCAGCCACCGUAUUCGCAGAUGGCGCGAUUAGGGCAGCUAAUGCCUCCUCCCCUGGGUCCACUUGGUGUGGCUAUGGGCCGUCGCUGUUCGGUGGAACGCCAGGGCCCAAAAGGGUAUCGACAGGUGCGCCUCUUGUCACAUAUCCGCGAACGGUGCCGUGGGCUUUGCAGGGCCAAGGCCAAGUCGACGCAAUCACGGCUCGACUGGGGCGGCGGCAGACGCCAGCGGCCUGGUCUCGCAGCCUGGGGCGACGCAAUCCCGGCUCUGGUGCUCAUGCGCCAGCUCAAUGAUCGACUCCUUGUCAGAUUGCAGGCUGCGGCAGGGAUGGAUUGGGUGACACGAGCUCGCGGGAGCGGUCACAGCACUGAUGCAUGCCGAGACUAA